AUGGCGGCGGCCGGUGGCGCUGGGGAGUCGUGAGAGCUGGCUCCGGCUCCGGUUCCGACCCUGACACCGGCACCAGGACCAGGAGCAGGAUGUAUACACUACUGUCAGGGCUCUAUAAAUACAUGUUCCAGAGGGAUGAGUACUGUGUCCUGAUCCUGGGUUUGGACAAUGCUGGUAAAACUACCUUCCUUGAGCAAACUAAAACCCGAUUUAACAAGAAUUACAAAGGGAUGAGUUUGUCCAAAAUCACAACCACUGUAGGCUUAAACAUUGGAACUAUUGAUGUUGGCAAAACUCGGCUGAUGUUCUGGGACCUUGGCGGGCAGGAGGAGCUGCAGUCACUUUGGGACAAGUACUAUGCUGAAUCUCAUGGGGUGAUAUAUGUUAUUGACUCCACCGAUGAAGAGAGGCUCUCUGAGUCCAAAAGAGCUUUUGAGAAGAUGAUCACCAGUGAAGCUCUGGAAGGGGUUCCCAUUCUGGUGUUGGCCAACAAGCAGGAUGUAGAGACUUGUCUCUCAAUACCUGAUAUCAAGACAGCAUUUAGUGACUGCAUUAACAAGAUUGGGAAGAGAGACUGCCUGACACAAGCCUGCUCAGCCCUUACUGGCAAAGGGGUGAAUGAAGGAAUUGAAUGGAUGGUGAAGUGCGUGGUGAGGAACAUCCACCGCCCCCCAAGAAAGAAGGACAUCACGUAGGAACUCUGAGCCAGCCAAGCAAUGGACAGUCUCUUUCCACACACUUUUGUGUUCCCUUUAAAGAAGGUGAUCCACUGGAUUCCUAUUACACCUGAUUCUUUCCUAAGUUUGGAGACAAAUAUUCUCUUUCUGUGUCUAAAAACCCUUGAGACAAGGAUUCCAACUGGGUGGGGGGGUGGGAAUCUCUUACAUUAAGUAUUGUCAUUGGCCUCAGAGCAUCCUAUGUAGCAGCCCACACGUUAUUGGUGAUCCAAAGGACUUAAUUUUCUACUAUCUUAGUUUGUGAUUCCUGGUUUGUUAAUCUAACAGGCUGGAGGCCAGUGACAUGAAGGAAUUCCUGAAGGAAAUGUAUAGGUGAAUAUGGAAGGGGAGGAACAGUCUGAGGAGUAGCUGUUCUUCCUAACUGCAAAGAUUCUUGCUGCUCCAGCCCCAUGUUCCUGCAGGGUGUAACUGGCCCUGUUAUGCUGCUGUUUGUGUAGUGGGGAGAGACAGCAUUGAUUAGAACUUGAUUUUCACUCGGGGUGUUGAUUCAUAACUUUAACCUGUGGUAAAAGAUGUGGAAACCAGCAACUGCACAGUGGUCAUUGGAUCAUGGAACUGUUAAGGAUAGAAAAGACCUGAUCAAAUCCAACUGCGCUGGUUGAAAUGUAUAUUCCUACCAGGAAAUGGAUUCCAGAAGCACUGGCUUGCUCUGACUGCCAGUCUCUGUGCAUUCUCUUUAAUCCUAAGAGUAAUUGGGAUCUUCUGUAACUGGAAUGAAUCAAGGCCCUCUCUGUGAUCUUUCUAAGCUGAAAACAACCUCUAGGCAGGGAGAAAUCAGUAUGCAAUAAAGCUUCCUACUUAUUUGAA